AUGUGUUUCUUUCGAUUCUUCAAGUCUUCCAAGUCCACCUGCAUGGUCGAUUACUCCGUCCCCGCACGCAUCGUCAUUACAAUCGAUGAGAAGCAUCACGCAAUUGACUCCCAGCGCCGUGCAUCCGUUUCUCGGCCGCGAUCAUACAGACGAGCCCAGCGCCGGAAUACGAUGGCCUCGGGUGGACCGGAGAGAGCCUCGUAUGUGUCUUCGAGAGGAGCUGCCUACCAUAGAUGCAAUGAAAAGUUCUUCUAUGGACGGGAUAGCAGUGAGCCGCUAUUGAAGUCAGAUCUGGAUUCAGAUGUGUCCUCGACAAAGUCAGCAAAGUCAGAUACGAGCAUGACCUGUGGUACUGUGGUUGUCAUGUAUUAG